ACAAUAAAAUGUACUUCUUUAUAUGCAUACAUGGUCAUUUAUACCAAAUGUACAUUUACUAUAUGAAUAAUGUUCUUUAAUAUUAUCAUGUUCUUUACUAAUAUUACAAAUGUUCUUUAGAUUUACAAAAAAACAAAAAAAAACAUAUAAAACUAGAUGUUCUUUAUAAAAUAGCUAUAUGUUCUUUAUAAAACAACUAUAUGUUUUACUGAACAACUAAAUGUUCGUUCCGCCUUUUUUUAAAAGAAAACCGGAUGCACCAAUCAUGGUGCAUCCGCCUCCAGAGAAAAAAUUUCAGAAAUCACAUACGUGUUGAUUUGUAUUAUUAUUGAUUAAUACGGAGCAAUUUUUAAUAUAGCCAAAAAGUUACCAUCAACAUCUCAUCAAGGAUUUAGCUAGCCUUAAAAAAAAUUCUUCUCUCCACCUUAAUUGAUUUUUAUUUUUCUUCCUAAAGUCUAGUUAUGGUCUUCAAAAUCAUCAUUAACUCCUAUUCUCCAUUCCUUCCCCAUUUUCUUUGACUUUUAUAUAUCACUUCAUUAAUAUUUACCCUCCAAUUUUCUUCAAAUAAUCAAAUUCACUUUUUCUUUAAAACACAAAAAUUUCCUUCUAUAUAAACACUCUCUUAGCUCCCAUAAACUUUGUUCUUUGCACCCACUCCUCUUCACUACCACCAUACUCCAUUGCUCCCAUUCUCUCCCACAAAAUCUAUCUCGCGCUCGCUCGUGCUUUUUCUCUUACAAUGUCACCAUAUGAAGAAGACAAACAAGAGGAAACCCUCCAAAAGAUAAAACAGUAUAACAAGGUUGAUGUGAUUCAGAUUGGGCUAAGAACAGCUGCACUUGCAACGUCGAUAGCAGCUUCUUCCAUAGUAUUCACUUGUAAUCAAACUGCCAUUAUAUUUGGAAUGGAAAUGGUAGCCAAAUAUAGCUACUCCUCAGCUUUCAAGUUUUUUGCUUAUGCAACAGCAAUAGCAAGUCUGUUUUCUCUUCUUUCCUUGAUCUUCACCUUCAUUCGGCCGCGAAUUGCAUCAACUAAAUCUAAUCAUCAGCUGUUCUUCUUCUUGCAUGAUCUGGUAACAAUGACACUAUUACUAUCAGGGUGCGCGGCAGCAACAGCCAUAGGAUACGUAGCGCAAUACGGAUAUGAACAAUCAGGCUGGAUGCCAAUCUGUGACCAUUUUCAUAGCUUCUGCCACAAGGCCAUCGUCGGCAUAGUCUUUGGCUACUUAUCUUGCAUCAUCUUCUUCGUCCUCACCAUCAUCAACGCUACCAAGUCUAUCACUAAUCAUCACUAUAUUCCUUCUCAAAUCUAAAAUAAAAUUAAAUUGUUGUUGUAUACAUAGACCGAACUAAUGAACUUAUAAUUGUAAGAGAAUGCAUUAAUUAUGUUGUUGAUACCACGGCUUGGUUGUUGAUGAAUGAUGAUUUCAUUAGUAAGAAA